GAAACGAAUGGGAGUUUCAAGGAUGAAAUUCGACUUGUAGCAAAGAAGAACACAGAGAAAGAGAAUCCUUCAGAAGAUUAAAUUCUGUUCCCUGCUCAUUCAGAGAUCAUUCUGCCUUCCUCUCCUUCCACACCAGAACCACACCCCACCCCUACCCCACGCAGCUACUGUUGAACAAUUGAUUAGUGACAAAGCUCGUUACUGUUUCGAACUUUUACUUUGCCCAUUGGCCGUUUAGUUUGCACGUUAUCUUAUGGAGGAAUGGGUUGAAGUUGUGUACAUUUGUUAGUAUCGUGCUUGGGCACACAUUUCAUCUAAUAGAGUGAUGCCCCAUUUGUAGCUCUGGAUUUUCAAAUUGUUUACUCUUUCUAGCCUAUGAUUCAGUUCCAGUGGAAUAUAAAUUCUGUUAAGGCAAGAAUUCUUGUCUGUCUUGUUCACCAUUGUGUGUAUUCUCAGCACUCAGUAGGCUGCCUGAAACUUACUAGGUAUGCAGUAAAUAUUUAUUGAAUGAAUUAAGUGCCUUAUAAGAAUGACAGUUGUCCUCACUUUGUAGGAUGAGUGAACUGAGGCUCAGAGGAAUUACUUGUCAGAAGGCUGGUAAAUGGUAGAGGGAAAAGAUGUCUUAAAACAUCUUGAAAAAUUGACACCCAGAUCGAACCCUGAUGUGUGGCACUUCUGGGAGGAGGUUAACUUGGAAUUGAGGUGCAGUAUUGAAUCCUGUUUUGAGCUAUCCUCCUUUUCCCGAAGAAUGGCGCUAUCUAAGAGGGAGCUAGAUGAACUGAAACCAUGGAUAGAGAAGACAGUGAAGAGGGUGCUGGGUUUCUCAGAGCCCACAGUGGUCACAGCAGCACUGAACUGUGUGGGGAAGGGCAUGGACAAGAAGAAAGCAGCUGACCAUCUGAAACCUUUUCUUGAUGAUUCUACUCUCCGAUUUGUGGACAAACUGUUUGAAGCUGUGGAGGAAGGCCGAAGCUCUAGGCAUUCCAAGUCCAGCAGUGACCGGAGCAGGAAACGAGAGCUAAAGGAAGUGUUUGGUGAUGACUCUGAGAUCUCCAAGGAAUCAUCAGGAGUAAAGAAGCGACGGAUACCCCGUUUUGAGGAGGUAGAAGAGGAGCCAGAAGUGAUCCCUGGGCCUCCCUCAGAGAGUCCUGGCAUGCUGACUAAGCUCCAGAUCAAACAGAUGAUGGAGGCAGCAACACGGCAAAUUGAGGAAAGGAAAAAGCAACUGAGCUUCAUUAGCCCCCCUACACCUCAGCCAAAGACUCCUUCAUCCUCCCAACCAGAGCGACUUCCAAUUGGCAACACUAUUCAGCCCUCCCAGGCCGCCACUUUCAUGAAUGAUGCCAUAGAGAAGGCAAGGAAAGCAGCUGAACUACAAGCCCGCAUCCAAGCCCAGCUGGCCUUGAAGCCAGGGCUCAUCGGCAAUGCCAACAUGGUGGGCCUAGCCAAUCUCCAUGCUAUGGGCAUUGCUCCCCCGAAGGUGGAGUUAAAAGAUCAAACUAAACCUACACCACUGAUUCUUGAUGAACAAGGUCGAACUGUAGAUGCAACAGGCAAAGAGAUUGAGCUGACACACAGAAUGCCGACUCUGAAGGCCAAUAUUCGGGCUGUGAAGAGAGAACAGUUCAAGCAACAGCUAAAAGAAAAGCCAUCAGAAGACAUGGAAUCUAAUACCUUUUUUGAUCCACGAGUCUCAAUUGCCCCUUCCCAGCGCCAGAGACGCACUUUUAAAUUCCACGACAAGGGCAAAUUUGAAAAGAUUGCCCAGCGAUUACGGACAAAGGCUCAACUAGAGAAGCUUCAGGCAGAGAUCUCACAGGCUGCUCGAAAAACAGGCAUUCAUACUUCAACUAGACUGGCCCUCAUUGCUCCUAAGAAGGAAUUGAAGGAAGGCGACAUCCCUGAAAUUGAGUGGUGGGACUCUUACAUCAUCCCCAAUGGCUUUGACCUUACAGAGGAAAAUCCCAAGAGAGAAGAUUAUUUUGGAAUCACAAAUCUUGUUGAACAUCCAGCCCAGCUCAACCCUCCAGUUGACAAUGACACACCAGUUACUCUGGGAGUAUAUCUGACCAAGAAGGAACAGAAGAAACUUCGACGGCAGACGAGGAGGGAAGCGCAGAAGGAGCUACAAGAGAAGGUCAGGCUGGGCCUGAUGCCUCCUCCAGAACCCAAAGUGAGAAUUUCAAAUUUGAUGCGAGUAUUAGGAACAGAAGCUGUUCAAGACCCCACGAAGGUAGAAGCCCAUGUCAGAGCUCAGAUGGCAAAAAGACAGAAAGCGCAUGAAGAGGCCAAUGCUGCCCGAAAACUUACAGCAGAACAGAGAAAGGUCAAGAAAAUUAAAAAGCUUAAAGAAGACAUUUCACAGGGGGUACACAUAUCUGUAUAUAGAGUUCGAAAUUUGAGCAACCCAGCCAAGAAGUUCAAGAUUGAGGCCAAUGCUGGGCAGCUGUACCUGACAGGGGUGGUGGUACUGCACAAGGAUGUCAACGUGGUAGUAGUGGAAGGGGGCCCCAAGGCCCAGAAGAAAUUUAAGCGUCUCAUGCUGCAUCGGAUAAAGUGGGAUGAACAGACAUCUAACACAAAGGGAGAUGAUGAUGAGGAAUCUGAUGAGGAAGCUGUGAAGAAAACCAACAAAUGUGUACUAGUCUGGGAGGGUACAGCCAAAGACCGGAGCUUUGGGGAGAUGAAGUUCAAACAGUGCCCUACAGAGAACAUGGCUCGGGAGCAUUUCAAAAAGCAUGGGGCUGAGCACUACUGGGACCUUGCGCUGAGUGAAUCUGUGUUGGAGUCCACCGACUGAGACUACUGCAAGCCCUUUCUCUCCCCUCUUACCUUGUCUCUUCAGUCCUCUCCCUUAUUCUACUUCCAAACCCAGCCCCACUUGUGUGCGUGAUCUCAGAACGGUGCCAGGCUGACAUUUGGACAGAGGGAGAACUCCUGGCUCCCUUCCCUAGUCAGCCUGGUGCUGCCCUUUAUUCCUCUUAUGUGAAUAUGAUUAAAGAGUUAUUUUUAAAGUCA